UUGGCAGUACCUUCCCUCCCUCCCUCCCUCCCUCGGACAUUCUGGAACGAAAAGGCAGACGGGUGCUCUCGGAGUUCUGGCGGAGACGCCCCAUGUUCAGACGUUCACACCUCAAAAUCCUGCUUAUUGGGAAUUCAGGGGUGGGCAAGUCCGCCCUGAUGAACCAGUAUGUUAACAACCGCUUCAGUAGCCGCUUCAGAGCCACCAUUGGAGCGGACUUCCUCAGCAAAGAAGUACACAUUGAUGGCCGCACUUUGAUAGUGCAGAUCUGGGAUACAGCUGGUACAGAAAGGUUCCAUGCCCUGGGGACGGCCCUUUAUCGAGGAUCCGACUGCUGCCUGCUCGUCUUUGAUGUCACAUCUGUCUAUUCUUUUCAAGCCCUUGAGAAGUGGCACAAGCAGCUCUUGCUGCAGAUUGAGCCAGAGGAAGAACCCACUUUUCCCAUUGCCAUCAUUGGGAACAAGACUGACCUGGAGAACCGUGAGGUUUCUUCAGAGGAAGCUGAAAUGUGGAGCAGGCUUCAUGAUGCUACCUACUUUGAAACCAGUGCCAAGACAGCUGCCAACGUGCAGGAUGUGUUUGAGUGGGCCAUACGGGCUGUACUGAAAAACCGCAGGGUACCUGAAGAGUCACAGCUCAACUCUGUUCACCUAGAGACCAGGCCACCAGAAGGGACACACCGGGAAAGGUGUGGCUGCUGAUGAGCCCAAAUGCAGAUGGGAAGAUUUAUUUUUCACUGCAGAUCUUUGACAUGAUGCAACCAACAAGAACAGGAAGUUACCCCCAUAGUGCAGUAACAAGUCUGCCAACUCUGCAACCUGCCACUUUGGUAGUUGGAUCCCAUAAUAUUCGUGGCCUUCUGGAAGAGCGCGCCUUAUAAUUGGAGGACCCAGAUUGGAUGCUGGAUAGUCUUCAUCCAAACAUAUGGAAAUAAAUCUCAACCUGAUACUUUCCGGUGACAGAAAA